AUGUCAAAGAAAUCAGUUCACGACGUCAUUGAGGGUAUCAAACACUUUGGUGGAGGCCUCAUUGUCAUUCCACAGGUCUAUCAAGAGUGUGGCAUCAGCAAGCUAGUCAGUGAAAUCAAGAGCCUUGUCGCUAGGUUAGAGUCAGGUGAAGCUGGUCUAAUAGAUGUUAUCAUCCGUGAACUCAUCUUACCGAUUACUUCAAGAAUGCUAUUACCGACGAGAAGAAAGGUUCAUACACUGACUGUGGUCUAA